AUGAACACAGAGCUGAACCAUCUUGUCCCGAUGGACUUCGAAAACGCCGUCGAUGUUCCCGAUUCCCACACCUGGGUCGACCCCCCCUGCUUCAACUCUUCUUCCAGCGACAAAUCUGUUGUUCCCUUUAUCGAUCUUGAUGACCCGCAAGCCGUGGAGAAAAUAAAAACGGCUUGUGAAAAUUGGGGUGUGUUUCAGGUUAGCAACCACGGCGUUCCACUGGAGCUUCUUGGCGAAAUUGAGCAUCAAGCUCACCGGUUCUUCGCAUUGCCGAGGGAGCAGAAGAUCCUCACUCUGCGUUCGCCGGGAAUCCCCGCCCGCCCCAGCUACGGCAUCAUCCUCGCCUCUUGCGUUUAUAAGAAUCUGAUGUGGAUGGAAGGAUUCACUGUUUUCGAAACGCCGGUGGAGCAGGCACGCCUGGUUUGGCCUGAAGAUCACUCCCCUUUCUACACUGCUGUUGACCAUUACCAAGAACAAUUGAUGGGCUUGGCCAUAAAGAUAAAUUCUUUGAUAUUCAAAGCAUUGGGUCUUCCUGAGGAAGAUGUGGACUGGCUGAAGUCCAAAAACACAAGUGCGUUCCUCCAUUUCAACUCAUACCCAAAAUGCCCAGACCCAACCCAGGCACUGGGCAUGGUUCCACACACUGACUCCUCGCUUAUCACGUUGCUAUACCAAAGCAACACCAACAGUGGUCUACAAGUCUUUAGGCCCAAUAAAAAAUGGGUUGAUGUCAAGCCCAUUCCCGAUGCACUUGUCGUAAAUGUCAGCGACAUGAUGCAAAUAUUUUCUAAUGGACAAUUCAAAAGUGUAAAACAUCAGGCU